AUGGACCAGUGUCUCCGCACAGGACAACAGCCCUUGUGUCUGGGGACUCCACAGAAGGAUGGCUUUGCAGGACCCUCAGUAGAGUCCGACAAGAUAGAGUCAUCUCUUCGUAGUAUCCAGAAAUUCGUUCCUGCAGACUUUGCCAGCUACACACAAGAGCAUUAUCGGUUUGCAGGCAAGAAGAUCAUCAUCCAAGAAUCCAUUGAGAGCUUUGGCACGGUGGUGUGGCCAGGGGCUACAGUUUUGUGCCAGUAUUUGGAAGACCAUACUGAAGAAUUAAAUCUCCAAGAUGCUAAAAUACUCGAAAUCGGUGCUGGACCAGGACUUGUUUCCAUCGUGUCCAGUCUUUUAGGAGCCCAAGUCACAGCAACAGAUUUGCCUGAUGUCCUAGGAAAUCUUCAAUACAAUCUUUUCAAAAACACACUGGAAUGCGCAGCUCAUCUACCUGAAGUGAAGGAACUGGUAUGGGGGGAAGACCUGGACCAGAAGUUCCCUAAGUCAAACUUUUAUUACGAUUACAUCCUGGCCUCUGAUGUGGUCUACCAUCACUACUUUCUCGAUAAGCUCCUGGCUACCAUGGUGCACCUUUCCCAGCCAGGCACUGUGGUGCUCUGGGCAAACAAAUUCAGAUUCAGCACUGACUAUGACUUUUUAGACAAGUUCAAGCAAGUUUUUGAUACCACUCUCGUGGCUGAACAUUCGGAGUCAUCGGUGAAACUUUUUAAAGGAAUACUAAAAUGGGACUGAUAUUAAAGGGCCUGCCUUUCAAAGUCUCAGUGUCUUGUGAGCUCUCAGAAGGCACACUCUACCAUACCGGUAUAGCUAGAAUAAGUGCAACUCAGUAUGACACCUUUCCAAGAUGAUAAAACAACAUGGUCAGUCUAAGUAUCUACAGAGAGCCACACAGGAACAUGAAAGCGGUCUUGCUAACUUCCCAAGAACCUUAGUUAAGUGCUAAAUAUAUUUUACCCAAAGAAGUUAAUGAACAAGUGGGUUCUUCCUACUUGUUUCUACUAUACUGCCUGGACUUUGUAUGUGCCAAUAUGCUUUUGUCAUAAUUACCCACAUGCAACUUAACAGGGUCUGUGUAGCCCAGGGCAACUUUAAAAUAGAUACACACCGGCCAUAGUAUCCUGACUACAGGUUUGUGCCACAGUGAUUGGCAUACUGCGGCUAGGACAUGUAUAUGGGCAGUAGCAGAGAGACGGUAACACUGACUAAAGGCGCAAACGCGGAAUCUCCUGGAAUGAAGUGAGAGCACUGGAGAUGCGGUCAUGGGGGCUGGAGUACAGAUCUCAGCGCCCAUACAACAAGCUGCUGUUGAGCAAACAACUCUUUACAGCCCUAAGGGAUCUGAUGCCCUCUUCUGGACUCUAAGCACCACAGGUACACGCACUGACACAUACCUGUGCACACUC